GUAGCACUCAGCGCUCUUCUAUUCGGUUUCCUCUUCGCUGCUAUGGCUUCGUCCUUUCUAUCGUUGGUUUGGUUCGUCUGUCAUCUAGAAGUCGUGUACAACAACUGUUUUUGACACAGAGGUCCUCGCGGGAUGAGCUCGCAGGAGCUGUGGACGCACGCGGUGGAGAAGAGCACUCGCGGCCGCGGUGGGGGCGGCUGCGGGGGCGGCGCGCGCGGCCUGCGGAGGGCGAGCAGCAGCCAGCAGCUGCUGGCCGACCUGCGCCGCGGCGCAGACCUCUCGCGCUGGGAGCCCGAGCUCUGCAUCCAGAUGCUCAGCAUCCCCGCCUCGCAGAACUACUCCGCCAUCUGCAAGCUGCUCCAGAAGGCGCCUCAACAGUGGCUGCUGGAAUUCCUGGACCGCGACGGGCUGGGGCUGCUGCUGCACAGCCUGGAGCUGCAGUGCGGCCAGCGCUCGCUGUCCGUCAGCGACGCGCUCACGCAGGCACAGUGCGUGCAGUGCAUCCGCGCCGCCAUCAGCUCCGACACCGGACUGCAGUACAUCAUCGACCGCCGCGACUACGUGCGCCAGCUCGCCGCCGCACUGGAGUCUCAGAAUAUCACAGUCAAGAUGCAAGUUUAUGAACUUCUCUGUGCUGUAUGCAUGUAUUCUUCAAAAGGACAUGCAAUGGCUCUUGAUGCUCUACAGCAUUUAAAGGUUACACGUGGACAACGCUACAGAUUUGAUAUAAUAAUGAAUGAACUUCGUAACACAGAAAAUGUCGCAUAUCAGACCAGACUUCUGUCAUUUAUCAACUGCCUCACUCUGUGCUGCAAUAACUUGCAGAAACGUGUACGAGUCAGAAAUGAAUUCCUUGGUCUUGGUCUUGGACCCAUACUGAGUUCACUACGUGCAAUUGAUGAUAAAGAGUUGCAGAUCCAAGUUUCAGCUUUCACUAACCACCAACACAAAGAUGAGUUGGAAUUAGAAUCAACAGAACAGCUUACUCAUCACCAAUUGUUUGAAACUAUAUUCAAAAAGAUAGCAGACAGACCACAGGCUGUCUGGUUCUACUCCAUGCUACAAAACCUUGCACAGCUAGAUCCGACAAACCCAAAUGCGGACAAUGUGUGGGAAGCUCUUGAGGCACUUUCGUCUGAAGCUAUAACACCUGGAUUUUCUUUCUAUAAAAAACCAGUACACAGCAACAGUGUUAUGGCUCAACAAAAUUAUAAAAGACGUGUUCGGAGGUGCUGGAGUAUUAACGUGCCAAGAUCAGAAGAUAUCCGUGAGACAUGCACAGUGGCUACUCAGACUGAGUUGAACAAUGUUAGAGAAGCAGUACAACUCAGUGAUCAGGCCACACAGCAGCAACUGUCAUCAACAGAACCAGCAGGAUCAGUAUCAGCACCUCCGCCUCCUCCUCCACCACCACCUCCACCACCACCACCACCACCACCACCACCACCACCAAUGCCAUCUCUUGCUCUCAAUCCAGUGAUUCCAUCAGUCUCAGGUCUUCCACCACCAUCACCAUUUGCAGAAUCUAAUUCUGAAAAAGAAGUUCCUCCACCUCCUCCAAUUCCCAAUAACAACUUUGAAACCCCAGUGUCACGUCGGGUCACAUCUGGCUACCUCACUUGUCCAACAAGACAUUCACUCCCAGCAGAUUUAACAGAUUCUGCAAGUGUUUGGACACCAGUAAAAGACAAGUGUAACACGCUACCUUUGCCCAGGCGGAAGAUGAGAACCCUAAACUGGACAAAACUCCCAAGCUCUGUCAUAGGUGAAUCAGUAUGGACAGAAAUGCAGAGCAAAGCAACGAAUCUUACAGUUGAUUUCAAGCAAAUGGAAGAGUUGUUCUGUCAGAAAACAGCCAAUGUGAAACGUCCAAAGUCUUCUCCAGGAACACUUCCAUCACCAAUAAAUCCCAAGAUCACUUUAUUGGAAACCAAGAGAGAUUUGGCAGUAAACAUUUAUCUAAAACAGUUCAAAUCAGGAGGAAAAGCAGUCAUAGAAGCUAUAAAGAACCUCAAAGGAGAUGAUAUAGGCACUGAGAAGCUAAGAGCUCUCUUGCCACUACUUCCCACAGAAAAAGAGUUGACUUCAGUCAGAUCCUAUUCUGGAGAUUUGGACCGUUUAGGAGAAGCAGAGAAAUUUUAUCUACAGCUAUCAGAAGUACCUUCAUUUGCCCUUAGGGUUAGGGCAAUGUUGCUUAAAGAAGAGUUUCCUUCAAGAACAUGUGAACUGAAAGAACAACUAGAGGCUGUUGCAGAUGCAUGCAAUAAACUGAUGACUAAUGAACAUUUGAAACAAUUUCUAGCAUUAGUACUUCAACUUGGAAAUUACAUAAAUGCUGGAAGCUAUGCAGGCAAUGCAGCAGGUUUUACACUCAGCACACUACCAAAGCUCUUAGAAAUAAAAGCAAACAAACCAAGACUGACAUUCUUGCACUAUGUGGUAGAAGUUGCAGAAGCUAACAAUAAGGAAAUAUUACAAUUCACAGAAGAGAUGAGCAACAUGAAAGAAAUAGCAAGGAUAUCAUUGGAGUUGCUUCAGGAAGAAGUGAUGAAAGUUACCAGUGAUGUCAAACAUGUUGAAUCGCAGCUGAAGAAAGAUAAAAGUGGAAUCCGGUCAGAAUUCAAAGAUUUCUUGAAAUCGGCUUUGAAAUGUAGUAAUGAACUUCAGCAGGCUAUGGAAAAGGUGAAAGGUUGUUCCAAUGCUUUAGCUAAGCAUUUCUGUGAAGAUCCAAAGAAAUUUCAGCCUGAAGAAUGUUUCAGUUUGUUUGCUGAUUUUUUUAAUAUAAUUGAGAGAGCUCGACUGGAAAAUGAAGAGAAAAGGAAAGAAGAAGAAAGGCGAAUUCAAGAGGAGAAGGAGCAAAACAAAACAAGUGGAAGCAGAGGUAGAGGCAGAGCAAGAAGGUUUUCACCAGAUAGACAAUAUGCUGCCGUUGAACGGAUUCUGAGGGACAUUUGCAGUGGAAAUUUCAAAUUACGCCGAAGUGAAGCUUAAUUCUAAGUGUUAUAAUUAUUUUGUUGCGUAAUAUCUACUUAAAAGUGCCACUGUGAAGUGGGUAUUUGCUCAGGAUCAUUGUGAAAGAUGCUGUGAAAAUGAAUCUCAGUUAUAUAUAAGUUAAAUGUAUUUACCUUUAAACCUAAGACAAAAUGCAUUUAAUGUGAUGGCUAAGUAGCCCUCUACUGACAGUGAUGUUUAACCAAUAAUUCCUAUUUAUUUUGUACAUUUUCUUCUUUAUGAGCUGUAAAUAACUUUUAUAUAUAAUAUUUUUUUUAUAAUUAAAUGUUUUGGAUAG